AGCCCGAAACGUGAAAAAUAGAACGGACAAGUUUGCGUUUUAUUCAUCUAGGGUUCUUCUCUCAAUCAGACAUUCAGCUUUUCUGAGGGAUUUUUUCUUUUUAUUUUUUAUCGGAGAAUCGGAGAGUGUGAAGAAGAUUUAUUAAGGGCAGGAACCAUGUACGGAUCAAGGGGGGCAAUGUUGGGAAGCGGGGGGGUUUCGGACGGGUACGAGGUCGGCUCAAAGAGACAAAGAAUGAUGGAAUCAAAUCCCUACUUCGCAGUGAGCAGCAGCUCCAGUGGUUUUCAACCAUACGGCUAUGGUGGUGGCUUUCAGCCCCCUUCCUUUCCUGUGGUUCGUCUCAGAGGCUUACCUUUCAACUGCACUGAUAUUGAUAUCUUCAAGUUCUUUGCCGGACUAGACAUAGUGGAUGUGUUGCUGGUCAACAAGAGUGGACGGUUCUCGGGAGAGGCUUUUGUUAUUUUUGCUGGGUCCAUGCAGGUUGAUUUUGCUUUACAGAGAGACAGGCAAAAUAUGGGGCGCAGGUAUGUGGAAGUUUUCAGGUGCAAGAGACAAGAUUACUACAAUGCUGUGGCUGCAGAGGUGAAUUAUGAAGGAAUUUAUGAUAAUGAUUACCAUGGAAGUCCUCCACCAUCUCGUGCAAAGAGGUUCAAUGACAAAGAUCAAAUGGAAUACACUGAGAUUUUAAAGAUGCGUGGUCUCCCUUUCUCUGUUAAGAAACCUGAUAUAGUUGAAUUCUUUAAAGACUUCAUGCUUAUUGAAGAUAAGAUACACAUCGCAUGCCGCCCUGAUGGGAAAGCUACUGGUGAGGCAUUUGUGGAGUUUGCUUCCGCAGAGGAGGCCAAGAGAGCAAUGUGCAAGGACAAGAUGACAAUAGGUACAAGGUACGUCGAGCUAUUCCCUUCGACAAAAGAUGAAGCUCGACGUGCUGAGUCAAGAUCGAGGCAGUGAAUAGCCAUUGAAGCUGGGAAUUUUGAUGGCUGACUUUUUUUGUUAUCUCUGUAGUUCUUUCAGCCAGCUGUGCAUAUUAUGCAUAUGCACCUUUUUGUUCUGUGUGAAGCUUACAUUACAUUGUGCCUCAAUAUUGCUUAUGUUUAGGUUAUAUGCAUAGAAUAUUCAUUAAUAUAUUUGUUAUCCUUUGAAUAUUA